GAGCAGUCGCAGGGUCCCUGUUGUCGCUCCUGCCCAAUCACGCUCCAUCCCGCCCGCUGCUCCUCCGCGACUUCUCCACAUUUCGAAGCCUAUCCAAGCCCUAUCUCGUACAAAUACCCAUGACACGCUACCAUUUGAUGUAGAUAAUCCUAUCAUCCAUCUGCAUCAUCUGCUUUCACUUCAGCAUGAAAACUGCACUACCUAGAUCUCCAGCACAUCUUUCACGCACGCGCUGCCUUCGUACAACGUGCUGUCUGCCAUCUCUACGUCACGACCCAUCUACCUGACUCCUCCGUUGACCGCUCUGCCGAAUGAGAGAGCCGUGACCUGAACCAAACUUAACAGUAUGGCUCUUCUAAGAGGUCUCCGCGAUCCUUAUGAACGGAACUUCCUGGCUGCUCCGAGACCCAGGUUCAAUCGAAGCGCGUCAUCCAAAGUCUCAUUACCCUUAUCCUUAGCCUCGUCGAAAUCAGAGAAGCCACAAUAUCAUCUCAAAAACUUGCUGCGAGAAAUAGACGCCGACGAUCCGGAGAAAGAUCUUGUCCAACUUCAGCAACGAAUAUGCGACUCGAUCGAUGAGUUCCCAGUGCCUGAUGUUCUCAAAGUCUUCCAUUCCGCCGAAACGCUCCUUCGUGAAGAUGACCUUACCAAAACAGACCUUGGCCUAGGAAUCAUUGCGAAGCUGGCCUUCAAGCCAGAAUGCACUCCCGCGAAUCGUCUGCACUUCUUCUACACCUUAUACCAUGAUGGAACCACGAAUCGCUACACCGAUUUCCCUUCCUAUCUUCUGACCAUACUUAGCGAUAAUGGUCGUCAGCUUGAAGGGUUUGAACCUCUAUUAACCGGUCUCAUACCAGCUCUCUUACAUGAGGUCGACUCGGAGUUUGCUCUGAAAGAUGUCAAAAGGUCCGAAGCUCGCGCAUCUGGUUUGCCUAUCUCAACGUCACUCGACCUCGUUAACAACCUUGUCAAGUACAAUGCGAGAUUUUUUCGCGACUCGGAUAUCACCGCACUGAUUCAAGGCAUGUUUGAGCUACGAUACAAACUGGCUUUCGAGGACCCGGAGAGAAUUUGCGAUAUUCUAGGCACUCUGAUCAUCUAUACCCACAUUCCGAAAGAGGCAGUGACGAAUGCUACGAGAACUCUUUGUUUCUUGAGAGGACGAAAGGGUCUUGAGGAAAAGACCAGUAGGACUUUUUCGUAUUUCAUGAACACUCAUUUGAAGGACGAGACGAUCGAAAGCCUGCUUCGGAGAUUUGAAGACGAGGAAACUUGUCCUAAGGAAGCUGCAGGAGCCGCUGCUCUGCUUGAACUGUCGCUGAUCAAUGCAACAACACGCUACUCAAUAGAUCUGGAUAUCAAUCGCUUGAUGGAUGCCCUGGCAAGACCUGUACCAGAAGACAUAGCCUCCGCGUAUGCCAGGUUACGCUUGGAGCUGGUUAAAGUUCUGGUUGAUGACGCAGAAAUGCAACAAAAGCUCCUCGCGGCUCCGGAUUGGAUACACAUACAAGAAGCUAUUAUCCAGAACGCCAAAGCCCCACUUGAGUCCCUUGCGGUCGGUCUAAGCAAGGAAGAUGGCAGUCUGGAUCGGUUCAUGAAAGAUCGUGAGAACAGAAGAGAAACCGUUCGUGGCGUCAUCUCGUGCCUUGAGCAUCUGGAAGGAAUCAGUCUUCAGCAGUCCAGGACGCUACGAAGGAUCGCGCUCUAUGUAGCGCCGUGGUUGACGGAGCAACAGUCGAUGAAGCUGAUAUCAGCUUAUCAACCAUCCUCUUUUCGCAUCUCAAUCGGUAAUUGGCUCGGUGAGAUUAGGGAGCUCGCCAACCAUUUCAUCUUCAACACCGCUUGCCAUCUCACGCUGCGCCAAAAGGCUCUCAAGGUCAUCAAGUCUGCAUGGCGCACCGCUCAACAACUCGGUGAAGAUGAGGCCACCAACACUUGUCGCGAUUUGAUUCUGAAUGCUUUGGACAACGAAACAAAUUAUACAUUCAGAGGUAAUUUGGUUCAUGUUCUACUAUGUUUCACCGUAGGUGUGAGCGACUCAAUCUUCUGUCGAACACUAGAGGUAUUCGUGAAAUCGGCUCGUACAGGCUGCUUUCACGAAUUGAUCGAGAUACCGUUCUUUGCCGAGCCCGAUGCUUCCGUAGAUCCAAAGCCCGAGAUUGGCUCACAACACAGGGCUCAAGACGAAGACUUGCCAUCCAUUCUGCCUGAUGCCGGGCUCGUGGUCCUGUUGAUGCGCAGCAGUGUCGAUCAGCUCGAACGAUCACGUAGGGUAUAUACCGAAAUGCUCCAGCUUCUUGCCAUCGCAGAAAGGCCAGCUGAGGCCACAGUCAUGCUUCUCAGAGGCUUGUUCCGCAUUCGGAGUGAUUUAGAUCACCGCAUCUUCUUCCUUGCAAAUUCUGAAGGCGAAAGCUUAGCAAAGGUCCUUCACAGAAAUGCGGACUCCCCCUUCUUGCAAUCUCGCAGGUCUUCCUUGCAAUCUGGGAUCUCCAUAAUGCCGCCCGUUUGGAAGUACGGCGACAUACAUGGACUGCCGGAAUCUCCCCCGACAACGGUAAGCGCCGUACUUCGAUCAGAGUCAAAACCAGUUGACGGGGUGGACUGCAGCCUCGACAUGAGAUCUUGGCUCGAGACGAUAAUCCAAAUGAUGGAUUCUGCGAACUGCGAUUGGGAAGUAUACAGCUACAUCAUCGUCCAUGUCGGUCCUCAAGUCUCUAAUCAGUCUUUGUUUGCGGAGAACAUCUAUGAAAUUAGAUUGCUAAGGAAUCUCGUGUGUGCCAAGAUACAGUCACAGACGAUUUACAGGCCUCCAGAGACUUCAAACUUACGACAAGGCGAUGUGGCUUUGUGCCUGUACCAUAUCCUAACCACUUGUAUCGGAUACCAUUGGCGCUUCCCCCGAAAGGAGAACGUAGACACAGUCACCACUCUUGUCAAAGGUCUGACGCUAUGGGAUCGCACGACGAUAGCUUGCGUCAAUGCACUAACGUUGAGUUGUUACGAGCUACCGAUAUCGUUGAGUCGAGAUCUUGUCCGUAUCGUAGCGCAGAUGUCCACCAUCGUCACCAAGUCAGACUCUGCCAUUCAUGUGCUCGAGUUCCUUGCGGGAUUAUCUCGUAUCGACGAACUCGUCAACCAAUUUCAUGGAGACGAAAUCAAGACAGUCUUUGGUGUUUGUUUCAGCUACAUUGACUACGCCAGAGGCAAGAAAUUUGAUGAGCAGAAUCGUGCAAAGCCUACGGGACCGCCAACCAGGAACUCUUCGAUCGUAGACAGCAACUACCGCCCAUCUACCGAAGACAUCCCACAAUACGUCUUUGCGCUCAGCUACCAUGUCAUCACUUUCUGGUUUCUUGCUCUGAGCAAAGAGGACCAGAAGAGGCACUUCCCUUGGAUGGAGCAAAGGUUACUCUCCCCCGACCAAUCUGGCCAAGUACAGGAUGAAGCAAUCGUCACAGUUGACCACAUCUGGCGAGUCACAGAAGACAAGGAUGUUGUGAAACCGCUUCCUUUGGCACUCGGUGCGACUAGCGAAUCGUCAGCAGACCCCAUCACACAGACCUGGGUUUCGGAAUAUUGUAUCCUGACGAUAAAAUGUCACCUUGAUAAUGGACUGGUCGAGAUCACCGAGCGAAGAAGUUCUGGCACCGAUGAGAGUCACUUCGUCUAUUCCGGCACGGAACCCCCCUCCCCAGAUCUCGUGUACCAGGAACGGUUUGCCUCAACCAUCAAUGGCAACUUCAAGAGUGAUUUGGAAGUCGUUGUCCUGCCCAUAACUGAUGCUACACGUCGCGCACUCGGUAUCUUCGAUCGCAUAUCUCCCAUUGAUUUCUUCAAAGCUGGUGUCAUCUACAUUGGCGAGAACCAAACUCAUGAACAUGAGAUCUUGGCCAACGUGUCCGGUUCUCCAGAUUAUAAUCUAUUCAUCGCUGGUUUGGGUGAGCGCGUGCCUUUGAAGAACAAUCGUGAGAACGUGGCCGGCCUGGACACCAGCGAGGGCAUGUUUGAUGGCAGAAGCACCUUGCGACACAGCGACACAAUCACCACCCUCAACUAUCAUGUUACAACCAUGAUGCCCACAAAUCGCGAGAUGGAUCCUCAGUGCACAAGAAAGAAGUCACACAUUGGAAAUGACUACGUCAACAUCAUAUUCAAUAACAGUGGGUUAGAAUUUGACUUCAACACGUUCCCGUCUCAAUUCAACUACGUCUAUAUUGUCGUCGUCCCUGAAGCACGUCAGACGUUCAUUCAGACAAGAACACGCUCUCAUAACCCUGGCUGGUAUGAGGACUCUUGGUUCAAGGUUCGCGUUCUUACGAGACACGACUUCCCUGAUAUCUCGUCGGCAGCCGAGACGGUGGUGGUGUCAGGCGCGGCUUUGAGUUCGUAUGUGAGAAAUUUGGCACUCAAUGCAGAAGAAUUUUGUCGUGUCUGGGGCAAUAGAGGGAUGGGAGAGUUGCCUUCUACUUGGAGGAGCAGAUGGCAGCAGAUCAAAAUGUUGAGAGAGAGGAACGUACCGAAAAAGGAAGAUAAGGUUGGCUGAGUAGAGGUGCCAUUGUGGCAGUACCGUAAUCGAAAACUGCCACUUCCAGAUCAGAAAGCAUCUUUCGAGAUACGGAAUCUCACAUCGAUUUCAGACGC